AUGAAUAAGACACUUUAUGCAUCGAUACCAUUAUAUUGUAACCUUAAUGAGUUCCAAGAUAUAUUGGAGUUUACAUAUGGAAAUGUUGGUACAUCAAUACCAAUGGUAUCAAAUAAGAAAGUUAUAGAAGAAGGGGGAAGAAGCAAUGAGGAUAAAGACAAAGAUACAGAGGUAUAUAAGUAUAAUUUUUACAUAUGGGAUACGAUUGAAAUAAUUUAUAAUAUUAAAGAUAAUAUAGUUAAAAUAUAUAAAUGUCUUGAAACAAAUAUAGAUGAUACUAAUAGGGAUACAAAUAAUAAUGAAAGAAAAGACCUAGCCAAUAUGAUUGAUCUUGUGAUAGAGAGUGUUAUCUUAGUUAUAAUAUCAAUGGAUCAAAAUACUGCUAAUAAUAAUAAUAAUGAGGAACAAAAAAGUUUUAUAAAAGGGGAAUACGAAAGAUUAGAUUUUAAGAAUGUAGAUCCAAUAAUUGCAUUAUUUAAAGAACAAUUUGGAUCAAGUUUCAGUAGUAUGGAAGGAAUACCAAACAAUGGAUUGAUUACAUUAGAUCGUAUAAACGCACAGAUUGAUUUUAAUAAGAUGAAGGUUGUUAAAUGUAAUAGUAACCCAUUACGUGGUAGGAUUGAAUCAUUACUAAGUAUUGGAAAAGAUUUAAAAGAACCGUUAUGUUAG